CAAUAGGUGGAAGCUCUGGUAAACAGAGUGCUCUCUUGACUGUAUUGUAGCUGUUACUGACUGUUGGUGGAGGAUUACUACCAAAUCACAUUGAGACACUGAGCCAACUUUCAGAAGGACCUGGAAAGAAAUAUCCUCUGGAACCUGGAGCUCAAGCAUGAUGAAGUCUACAUCCUCUUCUUUUUCUGGGUACUUUGUGGGUAUUCUUCUCCUACAAGUGAUGACAUCAGCAUCAGAGAAGUGGACAGUGACUAUUCCCACGGUUCAUUUGGUGGCUAGAGUAGGAGGACAGACUGAGCUUAGCUGCCAGCUAUUCCCACCACAAAGUGCAAAACACAUGGAGGUGUCCUGGUUCAAGGGUGACCAUUCCAAGCUUGUUCACCUAUACAGAGAUGGCCGUGAAGUGAAAGGGGAAGCCGCCCCAGAAUAUGUGGAUCGCACAGAGUUUGUGAGAGAGGCCAUUGGGGAGGGCAAAGUGACUCUCCGACUUCAUAAUAUCCGCGUUUCUGACAAUGGAACUUACCAGUGUUCAUUUAAGGAGGGCAACUUCAGCAAUGUGGCAAGCAUGGACCUGAAUGUAGCAGCAUUAGGCUUGGAGACACAGAUCCACAUUCAGGCUCCUAGAACUGAUGGGCUUAUGGUGGAGUGUAACUCAGGAGGCUGGUUCCCACAGCCCCAGAUGGUGUGCAGAGACAGCAAGGGAGAGGUAAUUCCACAUUCAUCACAAUCCUAUUCACAGGUUGGAGCUGGAUUAUUCCACAUCAAGAUGACUCUUCUCCUCAGUUACAAAUCACAGGGUGAUAUGAUUUGCUACAUUCACAACCCUCUGUCAAAUGAAGAAAAACAAAUAAAUAUCAUCUUAGCUGGUGAGUGUUUGUCAGGGUUUGGUUGUCAAUAA